UAGAAGCCAAGAUGGCGGCUCCCCGCUCCACGAUGAAAUUUUGGAAGCCGGGCUCUGAGGCUCCGGGGAUUUCAGAGGAACGGGAGCUCAACUCGGAGACCACAGGCUCCCCCAUCAUCUUCAACCCCAACACUGCCCUCUCUAUAGAGAAACAGCGGCAGAAGCUUCCAGUUUUUAAGCACAGAAACAACAUCCUAUACUUGGUUGAAAGCUUCCAGACUGUGAUCAUAGUCGGAGAGACCGGAUGUGGGAAAACGACACAAAUACCUCAGUACCUGCUGGAGGCUGGUUGGGCAACAGAGGGGAAAGUGAUUGGAGUUACGCAGCCUCGCCGCGUGGCUGCUAUCUCUGUAGCUAACCGUGUUGCAGAGGAGCGAGGGGCCCUGCUCGGACAUGAGGUGGGCUACACCAUCCGAUUCGAUGACUGCUCUGAUCCGCAAGCAACCAGGAUCAAGUUUCUAACAGAUGGCAUGCUGGUGCGAGAGAUGAUGGCAGAUCCCCUUCUGAAAAAAUACAGUGUGUUGAUGCUGGAUGAGGCCCAUGAAAGAACCCUUUACACAGACAUAGCCAUUGGUCUGCUGAAAAAGAUUCAGAAGAAACGUCGAGACCUGAGGGUUAUUGUGGCCUCUGCGACCCUUGACGCCAAGAAAUUCCACGACUUCUUCAACCUGAACGAGACAAGCGACCCCAACAAGGAUACGUGUGGAAUUCUGACAGUCGAAGGCCGCACCUUCCCUGUGGAUGUUUUCUACACUGUGAGUCCUGUUCCAGAUUAUGUGAAGGCCACAGUUGAGACGGUGAUGAAGAUUCAUGAGACAGAGGAUGAUGGCGAUGUCCUGGCCUUUCUCACAGGCCAGGAGGAAGUGGAGAAGGUGGCAUCUCUUUUGCAGGAGCAGGCCAGGUCGCUCUCACGAUACGGUAUGAAGAAACACUUGAGAAUUUUGCCCAUGUACUCCGGUCUACCUUAUGCUGACCAGAUGAAGAUCUUUGAUCGGACUCCCCCCUCUGUUCGGAAGGUUGUGGUGGCCACCAACAUAGCGGAAACCUCCAUCACCAUAAAUGGCAUUGUAUUCGUCAUCGACUGUGCGUUUGUAAAGCUGCGGGCCUACAAUCCCCGCACUGCCAUAGAGUCCCUUGUGGUCACUCCCAUCUCCAAGGCUUCAGCCAGUCAGAGGGCGGGGCGAGCCGGACGAAACCGACCUGGGAAGUGCUUUCGACUUUACACAGAGGAGGACUUUGAAAAACUACCUGCUUCCACCGUGCCAGAGAUGCAGCGCUCCAAUUUGGCCCCCGUCAUCCUGCAGCUCAAAGCUUUAGGCAUAGACAACGUGCUGCGGUUCAGCUUCCUUUCUCCUCCCCCCGCUCAGACAAUGGUUCAGGCUCUGGAACUUCUUUAUGCUCUGGGAGGUCUGGACAAUUACGGCCGUUUGACUGAUCCCAUGGGGAUGCGCAUGGCUGAGUUUCCUCUCAGCCCCAUGUUUGCUAAGAUGCUCCUGGAGUCGGGAAACUUCGGCUGCUCCAAAGAGAUUGUUUCUAUAGCAGCAAUGAUGCAGAUUCAGAAUAUAUUUGUUGUGCCACCGAAUCAGAAGAAAGCUGCUGCCCGUGAGCACAGGAAAUUUGCGGUGGCUGAGGGAGACCACCUCACCAUGCUGAACGUGUACGAGGCAUUCAUUAAGCACCAGAAGAGCUCUCAGUGGUGUCAGGAACAUUUCCUUAAUUACAAAGGUUUGCUGCGAGCCAUGACGGUGCGAGAGCAGCUCCGUCGCCUCAUGAACAAGUUCAAAGUGCCACGGACGUCCAGUGAGGGUGAUCCAGAUGUGAUUUUGAGGUGCAUUGUGUCUGGAUUCUUUGCUAAUGCGGCCCGUAUUCACCACUCUGGCUCUUACCGAACCUUAAGAGACGACCUUGAGCUGCACAUCCACCCCAACUCUGUGCUGUAUGGAGAGAAACCUCCAAAGUGGGUUGUCUUCAAUGAAGUGGUGCAGACGUCCAAGUACUUCAUGCGUGAUGUGACCGCUGUUGAGUCGUCCUGGCUGGUCGAGUUGGCCCCUCACUUUUACAAGCAAGCUAAGCAUGGUUCACUGGCCAGCAAGAGAUCCAGGGUCCUCUAAAUCCACUGUCAUUUCACCAUAAUAAGAAACAAAGACAAAUUUGCCACUGUGCUCCUAUCUGUAUCAUUGUAUAUAAAGAUAAGAUGUAUAUUGUCCAUGUCAACCUGCACAACUCCCUCUACACUGUGCGGCCAUGCUACAACAGGACUAAGUGGUAUAUUUUUAGUGUUAACACUUGCUUUUUGGCUGUGGUGUAGUUUAUAUUUGAUAAAUGGUGAUGAAUGUGAGAUAAGGCCAGGCCGGGCUUGACUGGUGUUCAUUCAAGCAUGGCCCUGUAGUUGGAUCAUAUAUGUGUGUGCGUGGGUGUGUGUGUGUGUGUGUGUGUGUGUGUGUAUGAAUAUGUAUAAUGUAGUCAGAGCAGGCUCAGGUCCAGGGAACAGCUCCAGUUCCUCAGGCCUGUCUCCGCCUGGCUUCUGUAUUUUUUAAAGAGCUUUAUUAUUUCCUGGUGCAGUUAAUAAUGAACUACUAUGGACUGUGAGGAUGUUUCCCUUUGAGGGACUCUUUUUUUCCCCCCCAUUUCACACAACCCAUAGUACAUGGGUACCUUUUUCUAGCUUGUUUACUUAAAAUCAAUGUAUUUUUUAUGUGUUCAUGUUUCUGUAUCAUUAUUAGUAAUCCCGGGUUUUAAAACAUUUCAUUUAGAUGUUUUUUUCCUCUCUUUUUUUCAUCCAUCCCCAGAUCUUCCCUUGUUGUUAUGGUUAAGGGACCUGGUUGCUUUUGAAUCCAUGUUUUACAUUCUCUUCUCUGUUUUUGUUACAGUACAGUUCAGAUAAAGUAGCCUUGUCACCACUCUGUGCCAAUUUUUUUUAUCAGCCUGUUUCACAUUUCAUUUUCGAAUGGAAUGUAUAAAUACACCCAAAUAUUGUAAAUGAAAAGCUGUGAAACUGAGAAUGAAGUGCAAUUUGUUCUUACGAUAACUCAUAGGGCAUCUAGCCAUGGCCUUCAAAGCCUCAAAGAAACUGCUUUUUAAUUUUUCAUUUCUGCAGUUUCUAGCUGCCACAACCACCUCCGUUCUCAUGGAUGACUAGUUUAGCUUUCAGUACUUUUCAUUAUAUAAACAUGAUCUUCCAUGUGUUUGGAAAAAGUUAUUUUUUUCCUGAUAAUAUUUUUGCAUUCCAUGUCAUGUUCGUUUAUUUCUUCUGUGUUGCAUUUCUAAAAUUUGUUUAAUUUAGACCCGAAGGCCGCCGCAUGCAGUUUUUGCUUUAGUUGGCUGUUGUAUUCUGUCCUCUACUAGUAGGCACUAUGAAACCAUUAUAGUCACUAACUAUUUAUUUCUUCUUUGGGUAGAACUUAUCAGGUUGGAGCAGUAUAUUCAGUGAAUCUAUGGAUGCACCACAAAGCUGUAUCGUACAGUAGAAGCACUCAAAUGAUAUAGAUUUACAAAGAAAGUACCUCUGCAUGUUAUAUGGUACUCAGAUGUAGACCUACUCACUAAGAACCACCACGUAGACACCUUGCAAAUGCAAAUAUAUUCCUUGAGUCCAGACACUGAGUAUGUGUGCAGCUAAAGCAGCCAUCUGUAGCCCUGUGUAACUGCUUACCUCUGAGGUUAAAACUGUCACCUGUUGUUUCCUCCGGACGUCGUUAAAUAAAGCCUUACUGUCAUACACCA